AUGAAAGGCCACGAAUGCGCCGUGUACGGCGAGCAGGCUUAUGUGCCGGUCGAGAUGGCGGUGAAGAUACCCAAUGGCAUGUCGUUUGUUGACGGCGCUGCUUUAUGGAUGCAGUACAGCACAGCCUGGAACAGCAUGGUUGACACGGCCAAGCUGCAAAAGGGCGAGUACGUUCUGCUGACGGCGGCGACAUCGUCGGUGGGAAUUGCGGCGGCCCAGAUCGCCAAAUCGCAGGGUGCCAUCCCCAUCUGUACAACCCGGAGUCAGUCCAAGGUGGCCGCACUGAAGUCGCUCGGCAUCGAACAUGUCAUUGUGACGGAUGAGCAGGACAUCGCGACGGAAGUGGCACGCAUCACCGGCGGCGUCGGCUGCCGCGUCAUCUACGACCCGAUUGCUGGGAAAGGUGUCAGCAAAUUGCUCGACGCGGUCGCAAUCAACGGCAUGAUCCUUAUCUACGGUGUUCUAGACCUGGCUCCGGCCACGAUUGACCCGCUGAAGGGCAUGGCCAAGUUUGCAAUCAUCAAGUUUACAGCCGUGUUUCAGACACUAUUAAACCCAGAGAAGCGCGCCAAGAUGGUCAAGUUUGUGCUCGAUGGCGUUGAAAACGGGUCGCUAAGGCCCGUCGUGGACAAGACCUUUGCGUUCAAGGACAUUGCUGAGGCGCAUCGCUAUCUUGAGAGCAAUCAGCAUAUCGGAAAGGUGGUGGUGACAGUUGAUUGA